CAGUCUUAUGGGUGGCACCGGAAAAUCCUGGGGACUAUAAAGAGGGAGAGAUCUUUCUUCUCCCCAAAUCUGCUGUCCCCUUCUUCAUUUGAAGAGAGAGCUAGGUAAACCUAAAUCUCUGCAAAGAUGGUGACAAAAUUGGAAGGUGCUAUCAAUUGUCUGGUGGAAAUCUUCCACAAAUACUCAUUGACAUCUGGCCAUCACCACACACUGAGCAAGGAUAAGUUUCGGAAACUAUUAGAGACGGAAAUUCCAGAGGUUUUGACGAAUCCAAAGAAUCCCAAAACCGUGGAGAAAGUUUUGAAAGAGGUGGACAGCAACAAAGAUGAUAUGAUAAACUUUGAGGAAUUCCUCUUCUUGGCAACCAGACUGUUGGUGGAUGCCCAUGAUGCUUCUCAUGAGUGACUGCAAAUCUGUUCCAGUUCAGAUUGGAAGGGCCUACCUGGUGUUGGAUACUAGAGGGCAAUAAAGUGACUGAUACCUCAA